AUGGAGUCCGAGUUAGAACCUGUGGCACUUACACCUCAGAAGCAAGACAGUGCGUGGAAGCACUGUCUAGUCUACAAAUACGGUGAUCGGGUACAGAUGAAGUGUCUCUACUGCCGGAAAAUGUUCAAAGGCGGCGGCAUAACCAGGGUCAAGGAACAUCUCGCCGGUAAAAAGGGACAAGGCACCAUCUGCGACCAAGUCCCUGGAGACGUUAGGCUCCACUUGCAGCAAGCUAUCGAUGGAACCGUGAGACGCCAGAGGAAGAGACGCCAUGACGACAGCUCAGAGCCUCUGGCUCUAGCUGCUUUACCUCCUUGCGAAGGAGAAACGAUGCUGAUUCAGUCCGACGUGGACAACGGUUUUGUAUCUCCGGGAAGUAUGGAUGUCGUUGUGCAUAACGAGGGCAUGUCCGGUAGCAGAACGAAGCAGAGAACUUACAGGAGCAAGAAGAGUGGUUUUGAGAAUGGUGGUGCGAGCAACAAUCAUGACAUGGAUAAUCUGAUUCCUGUGGCGAUUAGUAGCGUGAAGAACAUUGUGCAUCCGUCUUUUAGAGAUAGGGAGACUACUGUUCACAUGGCGGUAGGGAGGUUUUUGUUUGGUAUUGGAGCUGACUUCGAUGCGGUGAAUUCAGCUAAUUUCCAGCCGAUGAUCGACGCCAUCGCCUCUGGAGGAUUCGGAGUGUCUGCUCCCACGAAUGAUGACCUUCGAGGUUGGAUACUGAAGAAUUGUGUAGACGAAACGACGAAAGAGAUUGAUGAAUGCAGAGCGGUGUGGAAGAGGACAGGGUGCUCUGUUUUGGUUGAGGAACAGAGCAAUGAGAAAGGCCUUAAAGUUCUAAACUUUUUGGUUUACUGCCCUGAAAAGGUUGUCUUUUUGAGAUCCGUGGACGCAUCUGAUAGUUUGUUGGUGAUCUUUAGGGAGGUGGUUGAAGAAAUUGGACCUGCAAAUGUUGUUCAAGUGAUUACGAAAUGCGAUGAUCACUAUGCUGCCGCUGGGAAACAGUUGAUGCUUGAGUAUCCUUCUCUGUACUGGGUUCCUUGCGCUGCACAUUGCAUAGAUAAGAUUCUUGAAGAGUUUGGGAAACUUGGCUGGAUAAGCGAAACCAUCGAUCAGGCUCGAGCUGUCACAAGAUUCGUUUACAAUCGUAGUGAUGUUUUGAAUCUGAUGAAGAAGUUUACUUCCGGCAAUGAUAUCCUUCAACCAGGAUUUAGCAACUCCGCCACUGAUUUUGCUACGUUGUGUAGAAUAGCCGAGCUUCAGUUCAAUCUGCAGGCGAUGGUUAGUUCUCCAGAGUGGAACGAAUGUUCAUACUCGAAAGAAGCAAGCGGAUUGGCGAUGAAUGUUAUCACUGAUGAAGCCUUUUGGAACUCGGUAACUUUGGUAAACCAUUUAGCAGCUCCUCUCUUGCGGCUUCUGAGGAUAGUUUGUUCGGAGAAGAGGCCUGCAAUGGGGUAUGUCUAUGCAGCGAUGUACCGUGCAAAGGAAGCAAUCAAGACACAUCUGGUUAACAAGGAGGAUUACGUAGUAUACUGGAGGAUCAUAGAUCAAUGGUGGGAGCAGCAGCAGCACGUUCCUAUGCACGCCGCUGGUUUCUUUCUUAACCCUAAGUUCUUCUACAACGCCAACGAAGAGAUGCGUAGUGAGAUCAGUGCAGCGGUGCUUGACUGCAUCGAGCGUUUGGUUCCUGACAUGGACAACACUCAAGAGAAGGUCGUCAAGGAGUUGAACUUUUACAAGAAUGCUGUUGGUGUGUUUGGGAGGAACUUGGCAAUCAGAGCUCGGGACACAAUGCUUCCUGCUGAGUGGUGGUCAACAUAUGGAGAAAGCUGCUUGAACCUCUCACGUUUUGCGAUUCGCAUUCUUAGCCAGACGUGCAGUACAUCAGUUGGCUGCAGGAGAAACCAGAUACCGGUCGAACAGAUUUACCAAUCGAAGAACUCCAUUGAGCAGAAGCGGCUCAGCGAUCUUGCAUUUGUUCAGUACAACAUGCGCCUUAAACAACUGGACCCCGAGAGCGGUGAUGACACAUUAGACCCGUUAUCGUCACACAGCAGGAUGGAUGUUCUUAAAGAAUGGGUUUCUAGAGACCAAGCUUUUGUAGAAGACAAUGGAAGCUCGGACUGGAAGUUGCUCGAGUGUGUUAAGAGGACACAAAUAGUACCGAUGGUGGAUGAAACUGAUGACUUGGGUUCAGGAUUCGAUGAUACUGAGAUAUUCAAGGUAGAAAAAGAAGUGAGAGAAGAAGGUUACUACACAAACACAAACACAUUGGAGAAGGUAUUUACGUGA